CUCUACUCCACUCUCUCUAGUUUUCGUUCUCAAACUCCAACUCUUCUCUCUCUUCCAAUCUCAUCAACCAUGUCUGCCGAAUCAGCCAACGCAAUUCAGAGAAGCCAAGUUGAUCUGAUGGACUUAAUAGAUUGGUCUGGAGUUGAAUGCCUCAACCAAAGCACCAGUCACUCUGUUGCUAACGCUCUCAAGCAGGGAUACAGAGACGAUGAUGGUUUGAAUCUAGAGAGUGAUGCAGAUGAGCAGCUUCUGAUCUACAUACCUUUUCUUCAAGUAAUUAAGCUGCACUCAAUUAUCAUCAAAGGACCUGAAGAGGAUGGUCCCAAGACAGUGAAGCUUUUUUCAAACAAGGAGCACAUGGGUUUCAGCAAUGUCAAUGACUACCCAGCAAGUGACACUGUUGUUUUAUCCCCUGAUGAUCUCAAGGGAAAACCGGUUGUUUUGAAGUAUGUCAAAUUUCAAAAUGUUCGCAGCUUGACAAUUUUCAUCGAGGAUAAUCAAUCUGAUUCAGAAGUCACAAAAGUUCAAAAGAUUGGCCUGGUUGGAACAACGGUGGAAACAACUAACAUGAAGGGUUUGAAGAAGAUUGAGGAUGGACACUGAAGAGACAUAAAAAUGAAUGAAUUAACAAAAGGUGGAUCAUCUAAGAUCGAUCUGAUUGUUUAGCAAACCCAUUUGUGUGCAUGGGGUCUGUGGCAUAUUGUACCCUGAGAUUAUAGUUAAGUUUCCUUUGCCCUUCAUGGGAUAGGAUCCUAAUAUUUGACUAAAGAUUUAAAGUUAUUGCCCUUCGUGAGAAGCAUCAUGUUGUUUGGUUAAAAUGACUGAGUUGCAUGUAUGUUUCGUUCCGAGAUUUAUAUAAGGUUGUUGGUGGUUAGGUUUGCCUCUGGUGACUGCCACCAAUCGAUAGCAUCUAUAGGAGUUUAAACUCCGUCGAUCUGGUUCAGACAGCUCAAUAUGCAAUAUAAACAAUUUCAAUUCUUUAUAUG